AUGCCGGUGUGGCAGAACGUCAACUUGAAGCAGAAGGCGAUCUUCGAGAUCAUCCAGCGGGAGGAGACUGGUGACCUUCCGUACUACCUGAAUGACGAGGAGUUAGACUUCUUCGUGCGCGGCCUUGCGUGCGGCCCGCAUGCGAAGACGUAUUUGCCGCAGCUCGUAGAGCGGGAUAAGCGGCCAAUCUACAUCGCACGCGGAUAUGCUCCGCCAGCGUACUCGCGGGUCGUGAAGCUGCGCUUCUACGGACCAGACCCGUUGAUGAAGGAUGCCGGGUCGAACUGGCCAGCAGGCCAUGAAGGUGAGCUGCUUGAAUACAUUGUCGGGUGGAGGUGGCUCUACGCGUACUGGGACGGGCCACUGGUGGACGAGGUGGACGAGGCGUGGAAUGCCCAGCAGUGGCCGGACAUUGCGAGGAGUGAUUGGACUUGGGAAGGCCUUCGCUUCGUUACGCCGCCAUACUGGGUUCCAGAGGAUGGACGGCCGUGGCGAAAAGCCCGCAACGAGGAAGUGCCAAUCCGAGUUACCAAAGGCAAAGGAAGAGGCAAAGGCGCCAAAGGACCUGCGGGAAAUGCGCCGGCAUGA